AUGGGCGCAAUUUCACGUUAUACCGUUAAUGUGUCGCAAGUUACAAAAGAUGAAAAAAACAGAGCUAGGGUGAGCUUCUUCCUGACGUCGUACCUGGUGCCGCUGGUGCUCAUCUGCGGCCUGUACCUGGGCAUGCUGCUGCGCCUGUGGCACGGCGUGGCGCCCGGAGGUCACGUGUCCGCCGAGAGCCGGCGCGGCAAGAAGCGCGUCACGCGCAUGGUGGUGGUGGUCGUGGUGAUCUUCGCCGUCUGCUGGUGCCCCAUCCAGGUGAUCCUGGUGCUGAAGACGCUGGACCAGUACGAGAUCACCAACACGACGGUGAUGCUGCAGAUCGCCAGCCACGUGCUGGCGUACAUGAACUCGUGCGUCAACCCCAUCCUGUACGCCUUCCUGUCGGACAACUUCCGCAAGGCGUUCCGCAAGGUGAUCGCGUGCGGCCCCGUGAGCGGCGCCCGCGGCUCGGGCACGCGCUACCACCGCGCCUCCGUCAACCAGGCGAACGGCCGCGUCGACGCCGACAACAAGACGUGCAACACCAAGACUACGCGCCACAACGGGAGCAGGCCAACGACAAUCUAUAAGAGCCCUGUGCCUCCCCGCCGCGUCGUAAACAGCAGCUCACGCCGAUCGACGAUAGCGGAACGCGCUGCGCGCAGCGGCACGAACUUCGAUAAGCGCCCGGCGAAGUUAUGGGCUCGAAAAUUCACCCCUCCCCCUCCCCCUCCGCUCUUUCCCUUUCCCCUCGUUGCCCGUGAAGAAGAAGUCCGCGCUUUAAAAGAGACCGCCGCCCUUGAACUAGAUGCGGCGUUGGCGGCGGCGCGGCGCGGCGCGGCGCGUAGGGGCGCGUCGGCCGAAAUACCUCGUGUUGCAGAGGAGACGCGCCAGGGUCGUUGCUUCGCGAGACGAAUGGCGUCGAGGUCUGAAAGGCGGAGGGAAGAGCAGAAACAGAGUCCGGAGAAAAGCGGAGGGGACAUGAAGGGGACGCUUGGGCACAAGGGCGCUAGAGAUCUAAGGGCAUUGAUGGAAAUGAAGUGGAAAGGAUGA